GCAAGUUCAUUAUUUGCUCAUGUCUUUUUCUUUUUUCAUUCUGAGUGCUCAAUUUUCGUUGAAACUGAAUGGUUGAACAACUGAACAAAACUCGAGUGUAUUUAUAUACUUUUUGAUCAUCAUUUAUACUAAAUUUACCCUCUUUCUGACUGGCUUAAGGCUUUAAUUUUUCCCUCUUUUCCAACACUAAAACAACCCGCCGGGAUAUUCUGAAAUCCUUUUUGUACCAGGCUUAAAAAUUUGAAAGACAAACCACUGAACACAUGUUAACAAAAUUGACAUCUAAUUGAUUUUUUGCUCUGAAUUUGCCGAAGAAACAUUUCCUAUUUUUCCUGUUUUUAUUGUAAUAGCAGUAACACUCAAACAAAUCUCCUCAUAAUAUUGUCAGACUUUUUCAAUUUAUCCCAUAAAAUCUCAGAACGAAAUCAUAACAACACAAAAGCCCCAAGCAGUUAUUCUUAUUCUUUUCACAUGCAUGAUUCCAGUUACCCAUAGUUGUGAUUGAUGAAAAAAGGCUUCAUUUCCUAAUGCAAUUUGGAUACUAAGUUCUUUUGAUACUUUGUUAUUGCUCAGAUGAUAAGAGCUAAAGGGUUGUUCUAUUUCAUAUUUACAUAUACUGAUACACAGCAAAUCAUGGGUUUUUUCCAGCUGUUGUGUACUUAUCGUAAUUGGUAUGAAAAAAAGUUUCCUCAUCCAGCAAAUUAGUUAUUUCACACAUGGAUAACUGUUACAGAGUUGCUAAUUGACUUGAAAAUUUCAUUCAAUUCAUGUCGAUUACUUUCAGCGCGAAAAACAUUACUUUUUAUUAAUUACACUUCUCACAAACUUUUAUCCUGCAACAGAUGAUGGAAGCUGGUACUUAUAUUACCGGAAUAAAAACCGCGGUUUUCAUUGAGGUGACAAUCUUUAUACUCCUACGCAGACUUCGAGGAGAAAUCAAUUGAUCUAUUCUUAGAAAAAUAUAUUGGUUAUAUAUAUCUUCGAAAUCCAUAUAAAUACGGUCUGAAUACGUUACUUUCGGACUUUGAAUUCUUUGGCGAUUAUAGAUCAAAAACUGUCGGGAAAUGAAGGCUUUUGUAGAACAGCUGUUGUGGCUUUAAAAAAUCUGGAGUUUGUUUUCAAUUAUACAGUUCGAAGAUGUUUCCAGAUUUGAACUUUCACUUUUGUCAUUACCUUUAUCUUUAUUUUUGCAUUUUUAUUUCGCUUGUUCAUCAUUUAUCCGCAGUUUCGUCCAAACUUUCAACUUUCGACCAUUUAAUUUUUGCCAGUGGACAUUCGGACAAAACCAUGUACAACAAAUUGGAAACUCCCAAACGAGAGAACGGAUCCCAGUCGGCUUUGAUUGAAGUGUUCGUUCACGUUGAAAGUAUCCGAGACAUCGCCAGCGACGCAAUCUUAGAUUUCUAUUUAGUACAAAAAUGGAACGACUCAAGGUUAGGUCAAUACGAUGAAGAGAUAAAAAUAACGGGCAGAAUAUUACCCAAUAAUAUUUGGUAUCCAGACACUUAUUUUUUACUAAUUCGGUCUCUGCUUUACAGUGCAGAAGAGCAGUACUUCAUAAUUCAGAAAAACGGUUGGAUUGAGUACAAUCGAAAAGUUAGAUUAGUCACACCUUGUUCGCCAAAUGUUAUUCUGUUUCCUUUUGACGUUGUGAGAUGUAAAUUACUAUUGACUAGUUUCGGUUAUAUAGACAGCGAAGUUCAAUAUACGUGGGAUUCGCAAAUGGGCGUUUUCAUUGACCCGGUUAAUAACGACGUGGACCAUUUAGGGUUCUAUGUUUUGUACACUCAGCAUAAUCAUUUCACAAUGACUUACGGACCUUCCAACUAUUCGGCUUUGGAAGCACUCGUCUAUUUAGAACGAAAGUAUACUGCUUACCUGUUGCAAGUUUACACACCUGCAGCAUUGAUUGUGAUUCUAAGUUGGUCUAUUUUUUGGGUAAAUAUCAACGCGACCCCUGCUCGUGCUAGUUUAGGAGUAACGACUGUACUAACUAUCUUGACCUUGGCGACUAAAUCUACGAGUCAGAAUGAAAAACACGUGAGCGGGAAAUUGACAGCCAUGGAUAUCUAUAUUUGGGCAUGUUUCGUGUUCGUAAUUUUAGCGAUGCUCGAGUUCGCGUUGUCGGACUACACAACUUACAGGAAGAAAGAAAAAGAGGUUCAACGGAAAGUUCUCAUUCAGGCUUUAAUAAGCAAAGAAAAAGACGCGAGGAAAAAUCAAGAUGAAGAAUACAAUUAUCAGAUUCGAGCAUCGAGUCCCCUCAUAGGCGCAAAAUCAAAUAGUUGCCGUUCAACACCUCACCAUCACAUGCUCUGUCAAGAGCAUAAUUGCGUGCCAAAACUCAACAUAGUAUCAUACGAACGCAGCAGACCAAUACUUGGACCAUCAUCUGGCACUAUAAAGACACAUUCCCAUCCCGGUCUCCUAAGCCAAUCAGAAUCGCCGAAUGACUACUUCCUGCGUAGCCGAGGAUCAGGAGGAAUGACAUCGUCGGUAACGAGAAAGCAGAAGUCACGUCGAGGAAUCUGCGACAUAAUUCAGGACGGCCGACUGGUCAAUAACGCUGCACGCUUUUUAUUUCCAAUUGGGUUUCUGGUUUUUAACUUAAUCUACUGGAUUACCCUAUUUGUGUUUGUUCACACAAAUAACCAGCAAAAUGAAUUCAAUGACAGCAUCAAAAACCAUGCAGUAAAUUGAAUAAUUUAUCAUUUAAUUUCCUUAAUUUCACGAACUCACUUAAGUCACAAGAUUAAUAAACAAAACACCUACUUGUAAAUCCUUUGAAGCUGGACUGAUUUUUAGUGAAUUUGGUAGAUU